AUGGCGUUGUAUCAUCAAACCGUGGAUUUCCUCUCUGAAUCCUGGGCCAACCAGCGGACACAGCUCCCCCUCUUGGCGGUAACGGGUGCCUCGUUCACACUCGGCCUGCUCCUUCGCUCCUUGUUUAAAGGAGACACACACAAAGAGGCCAUUCUUGCUUCUCCUCGCACGCGAGUGUUGCCUCAUAUUUCCGAAGAAGAGAAGCGCAAACUACCACUCCCGGACGAUGCGUUGCCCGGCGGCCGUGAUGUCGCAACUCCGUAUGGGUCAAUUCGUGUUUAUGAAUGGGGGCGAGAAGACGGCCCGAAGGUAUUGCUCGUGCAUGGUAUCACGACACCUUGUAUCGCGCUAGGUGGAGUGGCUCAUGCGCUUGUCGACCGUGGGUGCCGUGUGAUGCUAUUCGACCUUUUUGGAAGAGGCUACUCAGAUUGUCCCUCGGAUAUGCCACAGGAUGAGAGACUCUUCGCCACUCAAAUCAUGCUCGCAUUGACUACAUCGCCCAUUUCCUGGACCGGAUCUAGCUCGGGCAAAUUCAGCCUUGUUGGUUAUUCCCUUGGUGGUGGUAUCGCCGCCGCCUUCGCAUCAUUCUUCCCACAGUUGCUGUCGUCUCUUGUGCUUCUCGCACCGGCUGGGUUGGUUCGUGACUCCCAGAUCAGCUUCCAGGGUCGCGUUCUUUACUCCGGUGGUCUUAUGCCAGAAAGGCUGCUGGCCUUUCUGGUAAGUCGUCGCCUGAAGUCGGGUCGUAUGGUCGCACCGAAGAAGGACAAGCAGGGCAAGCUGAAUGCCGAAGACGCCCUGACCGAGGAAUUGCCGUCCGAUGAGGCGGCCGAGGAUCAGGUCCUGUCUCGGGAGUACCCUCGUGUUACUGUUCCGUCCGCCGUGGCAUGGCAGGUUCAUAAUCACGCUGGCUUUGUCCAUUCAUUCAUGUCUAGCAUGCGCUAUGGCCCCAUCCUAGGCUCGCGGCAGAAAGUCCACUGGACCCGACUGGGUGACUAUUUGAGUGCGCAGAAUAGCACCGGGGGAGAGAAGACCGAGAAAGGCCUGCCGAGCCAUAAAGUGCACAUUCUCUGUGGUAACACGGAUACUAUCAUCAUCAAAGAUGAACUUGUCUCCGAUGCUACUGCCGUUCUCGGUGGGAAUGUUGUCUUUAAAUUUUACGAUGCCGGCCACGAGUUCCCAAGCACCAAGUACGAAGAGGUUGCCGCGUACAUUGAAAAAAUCCUUCAGUGA